CUCAAGGUUGGCGGUGAAUAUGCUUGCUGUAAUAGUCGUUGCGUUUCACUGGAAAGGUUUUGUUUUUGUUUCUUUGAAAGCGAAAAGAAUAUUAAAAGUAUAAUAUAUAGUGAAUUUCGGUAGUCGAGAUGAGUGAAGACGACUCCGCCGCUACAUCAUCCUCACCCGAUCUUGACACAGUUGCUAAAUACCAGAGAUUGGUAAAAGAAGGAAAAGAAGAGGCCAGAAAAGGAAACCUGGUAAAGUCUUUGGAACUGUUCAGUGCUGCCUAUGAAAUUCAUCAAAGUGAAAAGCUUAAGAGCCGAAUACAGAGGCUUGAAGAAGCUGUUAAAGAAUUUGGGAUUGGAAGUGAUGAAGACGAUGAAUUUGUUAAUGUAAAUAACAGUGGUUUAAAAAUAUACCGGGAACUUCAUGACAAACUCUUUGAACACCAAAAAGAAGGAGUAGCAUUUCUUUACAGUUUAUUCAGAGAUGAACGAAAAGGUGGAAUUUUAGCAGAUGACAUGGGUUUGGGAAAGACUAUUCAAAUUAUUGCAUUUCUUUCUGGAAUGUUUGAUUCUGACCUUGUCACGUGUGCUCUUCUUGUUAUGCCCACAACUUUAAUUGGUAAUUGGACAAAGGAAUUUAAAAAGUGGACACCAGGAAUGAGAGUUAAAGAAUUUCAUGGGACAAGCAAAAGAGAGCGCACAUUGAACUUGGAAAAGAUUCAGAGACGAGGUGGGGUACUUAUAACCACUUAUCAAAUGUUAAUCAACAACUGGCAAGCAUUGUCCAGUUUUUCAGACAGAGAAUUUACAUGGGACUAUCUCAUUCUGGAUGAGGCACAUAAGAUUAAAUCAACGUCAACCAAAACAGCAAAAUGUGCCCAUGCUAUUCCUGCAAAAAAUCGCAUUCUUCUAACUGGGACACCGGUACAAAAUAAUCUGCAAGAAAUGUGGGCAUUGUUUGAUUUCGCUCUAAAGGGAACACUUUUAGGUACAGCGAAGACCUUUAAAAUUGAAUAUGAAAACCCUAUUACUCGUGCCCGAGAAAAGGAUGCAACACCAGGAGAAAAAGCACUGGGGCUAAAAAUUUCUGAAAAUCUUAUGUCAAUCAUUGACCCAUAUUUUCUGAGAAGAACAAAGCAGGAUGUUCAGGAUAGGAAGCAACAGCUUUUAAAAGGGGAACAGGAUAGAGAGAAUUUAGAAAACCAAGAAAAUAUUAAUCCUAAUGCCAAUUGUGAGAUGCCUUCUCUUACAAGAAAAAAUGAUCUGAUUGUAUGGACAUUUCUUAGCUCAGUUCAAGAAGAAAUCUACAGAAAGUUCAUCUCCUUAGACCAAAUCAAGGAACUUCUCAUGACAACUCGCUCACCUUUAGCUGAACUAAACAUAUUGAAGAAACUGUGUGAUCACCCACGUCUCCUUUCUGCAAGAGCUUGUUACCAAUUGGGCCUUGAAAAUGGAGAUAAUAAUGAAGAUGAUCUGGAUGAGAACAGUGGUACCGCUGGAAAAAUAGACCACCUGUCAGAUGAGACACUAAUUGAAGAAUCUGGCAAGUUAACCUUUCUAAUUGGGCUUUUGGAAAGACUUAAAGAUGAAGGCAACCGUACUCUUGUCUUCUCACAAUCAAGAAAAAUGCUUGAUAUUAUUCAGCGGGUUUUGGUUAAUCGAGGUUUUAAUGUGAUGAGAAUUGAUGGAACAAUCACACAUUUAGGUGAACGAGAAAGACGCAUUGCUCUUUUCCAGAAUGACAGUUCUUAUUCUGUGUUCCUUCUUACCACUCAGGUUGGAGGGGUAGGCAUUACACUUACUGCUGCAAACAGGGUUGUGAUUUUCGAUCCCAGCUGGAAUCCAGCUACAGAUGCACAAGCAGUAGACAGAGCAUACAGGAUUGGCCAAAAGGAAAAUGUUGUCAUAUAUAGGCUUAUUACAUGUGGCACUGUGGAGGAAAAGAUAUAUCGACGUCAGGUGUUUAAGGACUCUCUGAUUAGGCAGACAACUGGUGACAAAAAGAACCCUUUUAGAUACUUCAGCAAACAGGAGUUAAAAGAGUUAUUCAAACUGGAAGAGACCAGGUCUUCUACUACACAGAUCCAGCUUCAAAUGUUACAUGCAAGGCAGAGACAUACAGACAUUUCUCUGGAUAUGCACAUAGCAUAUCUUCACACUUUAAACAUGUUUGGCAUCUCUGAUCAUGAUCUUCUCUUUUCUUGUGAUUCAGCAAUUCAAGACCAUCCUGAAGAUCUAGAAGCGCAGCACUAUAUUGAGAACAGAGUUUUAAAAGCACAAGAACUAGUGAAAGCAGAAUCUGAACUUCAUCAACAGUUUAAUGAGUGCAUUAAAUCCAACACUGAACCAGGGUGGCUUCAUAAACAAAUUCAGCCAAAGCAAGCACUUGAGAAGACAUCUAAACAAGAGAUACCAGUUUCUGCACAGGUGACUAUUAAUGAUGAUUCUUCAUCACCAUCAGCAGUUGUGGAUUUAACCGAAGAAAGCUUUGAACACGAAGAGGAGAUUAAUAAUGUAAGCAACAAAAUAAUUGAUCUUGUUCUUGACAGCAGUUAUGAAGAAGCAGAGGCAAACAACAUGGAAAUGCUGAAUUCACCCCGUGAAUGUUCAAUAAAAAAGGAAUUUAAUAGUAGUGUUACUAAAGCAGGGAGUGAAAAUCUCAAAAAUGAGUAUAUUAAUGGCCCUUCAGAUUUUGUGAGCAAGGUUGUUAACAUAUCUGAUAUAAAUAUGGCAUCACCAAGCUUGAAACUCAACUUGUUAAAUGAUGAUGCUGUUACUUCAGAAAUGAUGUAUUCACCCAACAAACAUUUAAAGGACAAUAUUUCUAGAAGAAGCCAGUUACUGUCACCUAACAAUCUAGCACCUAAAAAUGAAACUAAUGAUGCAUCAAUGACUUCUCCUUGUGCAGUUAAAACAAAUGUAGCAAAUUUCAAUUUGUCUCAGCAAUCCUUUUAUGACAUGGACAAGUCUAACAAAUUUGAUGUGGCAGACCCUGAUUUGUUUUCUGAAUCGAUGCCUCAGUGUGACUUUAAACUUCAGAUAGAUGACAGUAUGGAUGAUCUGUUUGAAGCAGACAAAUCUGACAUCCCUAAACCUGACUUCAGUUUGCACAUCUCUGCAGAGAAGAGCUCUGGCAGCUUAGUAAAAGAAUCUCCAAAGAUGAGUAUAAGCACUGAGAAUGGUUAUAUUAAAAGCAAUACUGAAAAAUCACCUACAAGAAAUAUAUCCUCGGAGCAGGAAAGUGAUGGCAGUCUUGAAAAUGGAGAGGAAGAGGAGGAUGAGGAUCAUAUGUACCAUAUGCGAAGGAAAAAAAAGGCACAUGUUAUUUAUGAUAGUGGAGAUGAGGAAGAUAAUGCAAAUUGCAGUUAUGAAGCAGAAAAUGUUUCUGUUAAUGAACUCGACUGUUUUAAUUCAAGCCCAUUACGUUCUUCUUUCACUGGGAUCAGUGUAUCAACUCCAAAGCAAAACAUUCCUUUACUACACACAUCAUCUUCAUCUUUGAUGCCUGGUCGUAAGGCUGCUGCCCUGAAUGUGUCUGUAGCUUCUAGAACCUCUUUUGUAUCUGCUGUUAUGGAGGAUAUUGAAGAUAUGAGUGAAAGUAUGGCGAUGGAGGAGGAUGAAGAAGUAUCAUCGAAUGAUUACAAAAGUGAUGAUAUAGAGCCACAUAAUGAAGUACAAGUGCAGGAGGAUGAUAACAUGUAUGAAGUGUCUGCAUCUGAAAAAUCAACAGAAGAUGCUUCUGUCACUGGGGAAGAUGAGGAGGUAGAAGUGGAAAGUGAAGCAAGUUACUCAGAAAGUGAUAACAGUGAGUCUUUAGAAGACGAGCAGAGUAUUCAAGAUGAAUCGACUGGCAAUUUUGAGCUGCAGUCUGGUGAAAAUGUAGACUGCUUUGCUUCACAACGGCAGAUUCCUUUCAUUGAGCAAAAUACUGAAAUGCUUUGUGCUAAUGAACUUCAAUCACAAGACAAAGAGUAUGAUAAUUUAGUGAACAAAGGUAAAGAACUUCAAAAUGCAGGGAGGUUAAAAGAAGCUUUAGAUGUAUUCUUAAAGGCACUUGAUAUAAAAAGUGGUGAUCCUGAAAUUCAGCUUACAACUAUAAGACUGUAUCGGCAACUCAGUACUAGUUAAAGUCAGCAUGAGUAUUCCUCAGUAAUUGAGUUUACUGGAGUACAACUUUUUGGGUUUUUUCUAUGUAUUUUUUAUAUAUGAUUCCAGUGCAAUGACUUACAUAUGAAAUAUUUGCAAAAAUAAAUUAAUCUCAGUGUA